AUCUAUUCUUUUCCUCUCUCAUUGAAGGAAAGAAUAAGAACUUGGGUAAAAUUUAAUAGACCGUCGCUGUCUAACCAUCCCCCCAGCAAUUUCCAUCAUCUCCUUGAAACAAAGCUACCAAUAAUUAUUAUUGGGAUACUUUUUUCGACUUUUCCGGUCAUAGUUUGAAUUCAGUCCAGGUGUUCUGCAACUGCACACAUUAGUAGACUCGAUUGGUUAAAAACAUAAAUAUUUGGAAUUGGCUUACAAAUGAAAGAUCUACCACUUUCUCUCCUCCAACACUGAGCUUUCCUCAAGUUGUUUCAGAAAUUCUUAUCUCAUAAUGACAAUACAUCGCUUGAAAUGACGAAAAUCUUUGUCCAAACUUUCAGCAAAAGGUUAAUCGCUUUCCCUUGAAAGAAGCUUAACAGAUGACUCUUCUAUCUCACCUCAAGCAGCAGUAGGUUGAGGCUCUUCAUCAGCACUUCCGUAUUCAUCUUCCGCAUUUGCGGUCUCCUAUUCUUCUACUCCAAUGAAUUGUGCAAUAAUCUCUUCAUCAGUAUAUGCGAGAAGACAAAUGACAAGCCGCUUCUGUAAUAUAGUUUUGCAAGCACCAGCCAGCUCAUUGCGUUUUUAUAUCUCAGCCAACCCUGCAAAAUUCUAUUGUUCUACUAUUUCUUCAUCCAGGUCAAAUUGUCUCUCAUCAUCAGUCAGCUUUGAGGGAUCCCAAAAAAGAUUUGUUGGGUCUACCAACUCCAAGCUGAAGAACAGCUGCUGCUCGUUAACGCUUAGAACUGCAGUGAGUCCCAGAUAUACCUGGAAGUUGUGCCAUGAUACUUCUUUUUGGUCCCAAAAUGUGAAUAUGAGGCUUUUCUUGCCCACUCAGUCGAAGGUUCCAGUGAACAGCUGCAAAAUUGGGCAUAAUUCUGGACACCGACAUCAUACAUCUGCUGGUUUAUUUAUUGGAUUUUUGGUCUGCUGCUCUGCCUCUGAACCAGUGCAUGCUGAAGCAUCAGGAGAAAGUAGGGGAAAUAACUGUGAAUCCUCAACCACUGUCUAUUCACAUGGAAAGAAGGUCUAUACAGACUAUUCUGUAAUUGGUAUACCUGGAGAUGGAAGAUGUUUAUUUCGUUCUAUUGCUCAUGGUGCUUGUGUAAGGUCAAGGAAGCCCCCGCCUGAUGAGAGACUACAGAGGCAAUUAGCGGAUGAAUUGCGGGCCAGAGUGGCAGAUGAAUUUAUAAAGAGGCGGGAGGAGACAGAAUGGUUCAUCGAAGGUGAUUUUAACACGUAUGUCGCCCAAAUAAGGAAUUGCCAUGUGUGGGGAGGUGAACCAGAACUUUUGAUGGCUUCUCAUGUUCUCCAGAUGCCAAUUAGUGUUUACAUGUAUGACCAGGACGCAAGUGGCCUAAUUUCUAUUGCUGAAUAUGGGCAAGAAUAUGGCAAGGACAAUCCUAUUAAGGUUCUCUAUCACGGAUUUGGUCAUUAUGAUGCAUUGCACAUUCCCGGGAAGAAAGGACCAAGAUCAAAACUUUAAAUUGCAUUCUGAUCAUGAAGGUUUAUCAUGGAGAAGAAGAGGCAAUGCACAUGCUUUUGAACUAUGCAUUAUUUAGAAUGUAACAAAUAGGCUGAAUGUGAAUAGCCUACAUAUGGGGCCCUAAAUAUAUGCUCUCUUUGAAUUGUUAGGAGUUUGGUUCUUCCCCUCAUCAUGAUGUAAUCUUUACCAUCUUUUCUUUUCAUUUCUCUGUUAAGUCGAAUUCUGAAGUAUUGUUUGAUGAUGCUUUGCAAAUGAAUGUACCCUUUUCUUUUUCUAUGGAUAAA